AUGGCGGAGGACAAGAAGUCGCUGAAACUCAAGAGAAGGGGAGCGAAAGCCAGGCUCACCAGACACAGUAACGGUCUUCAGAUUUUGCUUAAUAAUAGCAGAGAAGUGCCAGAAAUUCAGUCUGCAUAUAGCAAGUUUGAGCAAGCAUAUGGAGACCUACAAGAAACCCAUGAGAACUUUACUAUGACUAUUGAUGAUGAUGCUGAGUUUGAGAUAAAGGAACAGUGGAUGGGUGAUUGCCAGAAAGAAUUCCUGAAAUUGCAGAUAGAGGUUACAGAUUACUGUUCUCAAACCAGCUCAGGAGUCAAGACGCCAACAGAACAAGUACUACCACAGUCAGAGAUGCCGCCAAUGCAGGGAGGGUCUCCUAUACCUCCAGAAUCGGCAAUCUUGUAUCCCCCUCCACUGCAAAACCGAGACACUUCUCCAGGUAUGUCAGAUGCUAGAUGCAGUUUUAAGGUGGAGAAGCCGAAGUUACCCAAGUUUGCUGGAGAUGUUCGGGACUAUGAGAUAUUCAGAUCAGACUUCGUUCACAUGGUUGAUUCGCGUUAUGGAAAACGUGAUGCAAUGACAAUCCUGAGAAGCUGUCUCGUUGGCCGUGCACACGACUUAAUCCAAGGCAUAGGUCAGGAUUAUGAUGCUGCCUGGGAUCUAUUAGAUUCCAUGUAUGGAGAUGCUAGAAUUGUUGCUGAUACAAUAAUCAAUGACCUGAGCAAAUUCAAACCACUGAAAGAGAACGAAGACAACAAAUUUUGUGAGUUUGUCAACCUUGUGAGAAGAAGCUAUAACAUCCUUAAGCUAGUUGGAAAGAAGGGUGACAUGGACAACGGUCACAUGUUAGCAACCAUAGAGAGAAAAUUGUGCGCAGUUGAUAGGAAGAAUUGGUUUAGAUACCAAGAAUCAGAGAAGCAAGCUACAAGCUUUGAAACUUUGUUGACAUGGCUGAACCUGGAAAUGAAAGCUAGGAUGAGAGCUUCAGCACCAUUGAGAUCACAAAUGCAAAGUGAAGGAAAGUCUGCAAAUGUUCAUCAUUUGUCAUACAAAGAAAAGAGCAAACCAGACCAUAGUGAUAGAUACCAUGCAGAGCAGCCACGAGACAGAGCUCAGAGACAACAUCGCUGCUGGCAUUGCAAGACUGAUGAGCACUGGGUAGAUCAGUGUAAGCGUAUAAUCUCCAUGGCUGCCCCAGAAAGACUGAAGUUCUUCAAGGAAAAUAGAUGCUGCUUUAGCUGCCUAAAGAAAGCAGGGAAAAACCACUACAUGGCAAACUGUAGGAGAAGGCAGAAAUGUUCAGAGCACGGGUGCACUUACUAUCACCAUCCUUUGUUGCACUUUGAAUCGAGUCAACAGAUGGAAAAUGAGAGCAGUAAAAAUGACAUUAACGUUGCGACUACAGUUGGAGCAUCGUUGCUGCCAAUCUUAUCCAUAGACAUUGACAGUGAUACCAGAGCAAAUGUCCUGUUAGAUAGCGGCUCACAAGUUAGUUUGACAAAAAAUUCACUCGCCGAGAGACUCCAGUUGAAAGGCACCAAAACGAGCAUCACAAUAAAGAAGCUUGGCGAAGAUGAAGAAGAGUUAGAGACUUUCAGAUAUAGAGUGCCGAUUAGAGAAGCAAACACAACCAAGCAACACCAGAUUAUUGAAGUUGUCGGCGUACCUUCAAUAACAGAGGAAGAAGCUGUUAGUCUGAAAGACCUCAAAGAUCAAUUUGAUAUCCCUAACCUGAACAGAGAUAAUGGACCAGUGGAGAUCUUGAUUGGAAUAGAUCAUCCAAGAUACAUAGUAGGUGGUAAACUAAAGAAGAGAGGUAACUGCAUAGCAAGAAAAACUCCAUUAGGAUGGGUAAUCUUUGGUGCCACAGAGAAGCGAACCAUGUGUGUCAAUGUCCUUCACGUAGCAGUUCAGAGUCCAGAUUUGUCAGAAUUUUGGCGAAUGGAAUCUCAAGGUGUAAGUUGUCAGUGCCAAGAGACUAAGUUAACCCUUGAUGAACAGAAAGAGGAAGAGAUCAUCAGAGCUUCUUCACAGAAGAAAGGAAAGCAGUGGGAAAUAGGUUAUCCAUGGCAAAGGGAUCCUAAUGAACUCCCAGAUAAUAAGAGUCAAGCAGUGAAAAUCCUUGAGUCAACUGAAAAAAGACUUUCUAGAAACCCAGAGCACGCAGAAGCUUACAACAAGCAAAUCCAUGAACUGGAAGAAAUGGGGUUUGCUAAGAAACUCACAGAAGCAGACAUCGAGAAGUAUGAAGGACCAGUUCAUUACAUAUCACAUCAUGCUAUUGUAAGACCAGAAAAAAAGAGCACCCCUAUCAGAAUUGUUUUUAAUUCUUCUGCAUCUUACCAAGGUCAUCGGUUAAAUGAAUACUGGAUGAAAGGUCCUGAUCUCUUGAACAGUUUGGUCGGAGUGCUCCUGAGAUUCAGGGAAAAUGAAGUGGCCUUAUGUGGGGAUAUCUCUAAGAUGUACCAUCGUGUGUCAAUCCCAGAGAUAGAUCAACAUGUCCAUAGGUUCUUAUGGAGAGACCUGGAUGGGAACAGAGAACCUGAUGUCUACAUGAUGAAGGUUGUCACUUUCGGUGACAAACCAGCACCAGCAAUCGCCCAGACUGCUCUGAAGCUUACAGCAGAACAAGGAGAGUGUACACAUCCUCAUGCUGCUUCUGUUUUGAAAAGGAAUGUGUAUAUGGAUGACAUUUGCGACUCUGUACAGACUGUAGAUGAAGCCAGGAAACUAAGUGCAGAGAUAGAUGAAGUGUUAAAUGACGGAGGCUUCAAAGUUAAAGGGUGGAUUUCCAAUGAAUCUGAUGUGGGAGACCUCACCCAAGGAAAGAUGAAAUUACUAGAUGACAUAGCUGAGGAGAAGGUCCUAGGAGUAGUUUGGGACAGAGAAAAUGACACCUUCUCAUACAAAGUAAAGCUUAGAGACAGUGUACUGAAUUCAAGAAUAGAUGGAGAGUGUCAAGAAAGAUUAACUAAGAGGAAAAUCCUCUGUCAAAUCGCCCACAUAUUUGAUCCCAUAGGAUUUGCUGCCCCAGUGAUUGUUAGAGCCAAGAUAGGGAUGCAGAAAUUGUGGCAAAGGGGCUACAACUGGGACGACCCUCUUACUGAAAAGGAAGAUGCGGACUGGAGGCUUCUGUUCGAGGAAAUGAAAGGAUUGAAUGAAGUAUCUCUCGAAAGAUGUCUAACACCUCCUGAAGCUCAAGGUAAACCAGUGUUGUGCAUUUUCUCUGAUGCAUCAGAAAAUGCAUACGGUGCAUGUGCAUAUCUAAGGUGGCAAACCGGAGAUGGCAAGUUCGAGACUCGCUUUGUUGCAUCCAAGUCAAAGGUAGCACCAUUAAAGACAUUGACAAUACCCAGAUUGGAGCUACAAGCCGCCGUAUUAGCUGCCAGACUGUACAAGUCGAUCACUGAAGAGAUGAGAUUAGAGGUUGAGAAAGUGAUGCUCUUCACCGACAGCAUGAUAACUCUACAGUGGAUCAAGUCUUCGGCCAGGAUAUAUAAGCCUUUUGUGUCAAGCAGAAUAGGGGAGAUUCAGACUCUCACUGAUCCCUCAAGCUGGAAACAUAUACCUGGUGAAGAUAACCCAGCAGACAAAGUGUCAAGAGGAAUUGCAGUAAACGACCUUAUGAAUGAAUGGAAGUGCGGUCCUAGAUUCCUGCAUCUUGACGAAACAGAGUGGCCAGUAGACAAGGUGAAUAUUGAUCAGAGUCUUGAGAAUCUAGAGAGACGAAAGACGAAUCAGAAGGUAUUAGUUGUCAACAUGUCAGUUGCCCCCAUCGAAUCUGAACGUUUCUCAAGUUGGCGAAAGUUAGUAAGAGUGACUGCCUACGUUUUCAGAUUUGUGCGGAUUCUUAAGUCAAAGCUCAAGAAAGAAUCCAUGCCAGAUGCUGAUGUGACGUUAGCCCCAGCAGAGUUGAAGAAAGCUGAGCUAUAUUGGACAAAGGAAGCGCAAAGGGGUCUGAAAAGCAGAUUUGAGAGAGGAGAGUUCAGAACCCUUACCCCUUUCGUUGACAACGAAGGAGUAAUCAGAGUAGGAGGAAGAGUUAAGAACUUAGUAACAUCAUAUGAAUCUAAACAUCCAGCUCUGCUCCCAGGUUCCCAUCACAUAGCUCUACUUUUCACACGUCACAUUCAUGAGAUUGGACACCCAGGUAUUGAGACGACAACCGCCAAGGCGAGACGCAAGUUUUGGAUCUUACAAGGACAUCGUUUGGCGAAAACCGUCAAGCAUCGCUGUGUUAAAUGCAGGUCAACAGAAUGUAAGCGUGAGACCCAGAAGAUGGCUGAUUUACCCAGUAGUCGUGUCGCACCUCACACUCCACCAUUUCAUUACACCUCCUGUGACUAUUUUGGCCCCUUUCAAGUAAAGGUUGGUCGUAAUAAGAGGGCCAAACAUUAUGGUGUAAUCUUUACAUGUCUAAAUACGCGUGCCGUUCAUCUGGAAAUCGCAACAGAUUGUUCAACAAUGGAAUUUCUCCAAGUCCUAAGGAGAUUCUUAGCAGUGAGGGGACGACCAGCUCAGAUCCUUAGCGACAAUGGAACUCAAUUUGUGGGAGCUCAACGCGAACUUCGCGAGAUGAUAUCGGGAUGGAGUGAAGAUGAGCUCAAAGAUUUCUGUGCAGAUAAGGGGAUACAGUGGAAGUUCAUCACCCCUAAUGCACCCCACCAAAAUGGGUGCGCUGAAUCUCUUGUUAAAAGUGCCAAAAUAUCAAUCAAGAAAGCAAUUGGUGAGCAAGUGCUCACACCUUUUGAGUUGUAUACAUGCUUUCUUGAAGUAGCUAAUCUUAUGAAUGAGAGACCGAUAGGACGGAAAUGCAAUGACCCAGAUGAUGGAAAUUAUUUGUGUCCAAAUGAUAUGUUGUUAGGUAGGUCUUCUAGAAAUGUUCCCCAGGGUCCAUUUAAGCAAACAAAGAAUCCUUGCGAUCGCGUAGAAUUUGUCCAGCAAAUAGUGGAUUCAUUUUGGAAGCAGUGGUCUCAAAACGUCCUACCACUUCUAGUACCAUGUAGAAAGUGGAACACGGAUCGAAGGAACGUUAGAGUUGGUGACGUCGUAAUGACUGCAGAGAGCAAUGCAAUUCGUGGAAAGUGGACUAUAGCAAGAAUCAUUCAGGUUUAUCCGGGACCUGAUGGUAAAGUUCGAAAUGUGAAGCUAAAAACUGUUUCCGGAGAGUAUCGUAGACCCAUUACAAAACUAGCGGUUAUCUACCCAACAGAAGGUUAUAUUGACUAA